UAUCUCUCUCUCUCUUUCUCACUCAUGUGUUUAUGUUUCUCUAAAAGAUCCAAGUAAUUACUUCUUGUAGUGUAUGUUGUUAUGAGUUCUUUUACAUCCUUUAACCCCGUUAACCUCUCAAAUAUAGUCAAAAUGGCCCAUUCUUCAUUUCCUGAUAUAUGGGGUUGGAUUCAAAAUCUACCACCACAAACACAAUGGGAAACAAACACAAAAUCUAUAUGCAUUUGUUCUUCAUCUCAAACUUCUAUUGCACUCUCCAUUUCCAAAACCCUAAUUCACCCUUCUUCAAUCUCUUUCUCCAUCAUUGCAAAUUACAACUUACCCAUCUCUCUUUGGACCUCUAAACCACUCAAAUCCACCAACAACACCUUUUUUCAUGAACAACUUACCAUCUCCAAACUAUUAACCAAUAUCAUAAAAGAUAUUCUUAAUUACACCCCUAUCAACUUUUCUAACUCUUUCCUCAAACUCCCCGAACCGAAUUCAAUCCCCAAUCUUAAAGACAUCAUUAAUUUUGUGUUUCUUGCGCUUUCUUUUGUCGUAUCAGUUUACGAAGCUCCUCAAGAUAUCAGGUGUGAUUGCAUAAACACUCUUAGAGAUCAAUUCACAUGUCCAUGGGCUAGAGAAACGUCUAAAAGAUUGAUGAAGUUGAUAGGUUCAAACGCCGAAGAACAAUGGAUGAGAUCCAUGAACCUUGCAAUCACAAACUGGAUGAUGGAGCUAAGAGCGAUGAAUCAUGUGUUGAAAGCGCCAUCACCAAUGUAUUCUUCAGCACUUUCGGGAUUAGGGUUAUGGAAAAUUCAGUUGUAUUGUCCAUUGAUUGCUAUGGAUGUUGAAAAGUGUAAUAGUAAUGGACAAGAUGAUCAGAAGCUAGGGUUUUCCUUGAAUUAUCAUCAGCUUGAAGGGGUGAUCCAGUUGAAUUAUCAGGUGAUGGUUCGAGAGAAGUGGAUUGAUGUUUUGGUUAGCAUCGAUAACGUGAGGUGUAACAUUAUACGACUCGUGAACGAAACUCUAAUGAAAGAACGUGGAGCAGGAAUCGAUGAAAAACACUUCCCCUCCCGCAUUUCCUUACAGCUCACCCCCACAAUCCAAACCAACAUCUUAAGCGUUUCCGUUAGCAGAUCAUCUGAAAACCCAACUCUAGAAAUCGGGGUCGAACGAUCCAUCGAAGCCUCAUUCGAACCACCAAAUCCUCACAUUGGAAUAUCCGUUUCCGCAGGUGAAACAAUUACCACCAAUCUCAAGCCAUGGAAGUUCGAGCAAUCAGUCUACGGCAAUAGCGGUACGUUCAAUUGGUUCCUUCAUGACAGUGUCAACGGCCGAGAGGUGUUUUCAACAAAGCCUUCGAAGUUCUCAUUGCUUCAGCCAAAGGCGUGGUUUAGGAACCGAUAUUCGAGCGCUUAUCGCCCAUUUACGAGGCAAGGAGGUGUUAUUUUCGCGGGUGAUGAGUAUGGAGAAAGUGUGUUGUGGAGGUUUGGAAGUGGCGCGAUUGGGCAAACGAUGGAGUGGGAGGUGAGAGGGUGGAUUUGGUUGACGUAUUGGCCAAACAAGUACAAGACAUUUUAUACGGAAACUAGAAGGUUGGAGUUUCGUGAGAUUCUUAGUCUUACUAUUGCUUGAGUUUGGAAUCUGUAUUAUUGGCAAUUGUUUGUACAUGUUUUGCUUCAAAUAAUUUGUGGAUGUGAAAGUUACUUUACAAAGUGUUAAAAUUUAUGUAUGAAAUAAAGAUGUUUACUAUUAA